CCAUAUUUUGAAAACCACAGCACCCUCCCAUCAAAACCGGAAAAAGGAAUAUAAUAGAUCCCGGUGCCACAAGGUGAGCCCUAAAGCACGCUAGCAGGGAAGCGAAUGCGAAAAAUUUGCAAAAGCGCCGCCCAAAAAUUACAAAAGAGAUUAAGUUGAGGAAACCCUAACCCUACGAGUCGUUGGAGUCUCUGCUUCAGAAAGUUGAUUUGCGCGAGGAGUUUCUAUUGUCUGUUCGGGACCAUUUUUUCCGCAGUGUAAAGAAGUCUGAAUAAGAUGUCAAGCGCUUGGACAAAUAUGAGCUUUGCAAUCAUACGUAGGGAUGUAGAAUGGGAGUGGGAGAAGUCAGGGUGGAGUUUUUGGUAUAUUUAUAUAAUUGGAAGUACUUGCUCGCUCUCUGAAGAGCUUUUGAUCUGGCAAAAAUUUAGAGGAUGAGGAGAUCAUAUUUUAAUUCGAAUAAAUAAUUGCUUUGGAGUAUCUUGGAGCAUAUGAGCAACGGAGCUUGUGGAGCACCGCUCACCUCAAGGAUUGCUCUCUUGGUUUGCUUCAUAAGUUUUGUUCUUCUUUGAUUUUUUUUCCUUGUCAAAUCAUUCAAAUGAUGACAGAAGACAUAUAGGGUUACCUAAGCUGGCGUUGUUGACUGCUUUUAACUUGUCUCCCCAUUCAUAAGUGUUUUCUAUCUGCAGAAUAUUUCUUUGACUUCACCUACAAAGACCAAGAAUGAGUGGCCGUUUCUCUCGCACUAUCUAUGUCGGAAACCUUCCUGCUGAUAUUAGGGAAUCAGAAGUCGAAGACUUAUUUUACAAGUAUGGCCGCAUCUUGGAUAUUGAACUGAAGAUUCCACCUCGUCCUCCUUGCUAUUGUUUUGUGGAGUUUGAGAAUGCCCGGGAUGCUGAAGAUGCGAUAAGGGGCAGAGAUGGCUAUAACUUUGAUGGCUGUCGGUUGAGGGUUGAACUUGCUCAUGGUGGCAGAGGACCAUCAUCCUCCAGUGAUCGCCGUGGUGGUGGUGGUGGUUAUAGUGAAAGGGGCAGCGGUGGUGGAGGCGGUGGUGGAGGUGGAAGUGGCAGUGGUGGUGGCAGAUUUGGUGUGUCCCGCCAUUCUGAUUAUCGAGUGAUUGUUCGUGGGCUUCCGUCUUCUGCUUCUUGGCAAGAUUUAAAGGAUCAUAUGCGGAAAGCUGGUGAUGUCUGUUUUGCUGAAGUUUCCCGUGAUAGUGAAGGAACUUAUGGCUUAGUUGAUUAUACUAAUUACGAGGACAUGAAAUAUGCUAUGCGUAAGCUUGAUGAUAGUGAGUUCAGAAAUCCUUGGACCAGAACUUAUAUCCGGGUAAAGGAAUAUAAGGGCAGCCCUUCAAGAAGCCGAAGUAGGAGUCGCAGCAGAAGCAGAAGUCCGAGAAGGAGAAGCAGGUCACUGGACCGAUCAGCUUCAAGAUCACCCUCAGCAUCGCCUGUUAAACCAUCCCGACCCAGAUCGAGGUCCAGAUCAAGAUCAAGGUCCAAAUCGAGGUCUGCAUCCCCGCUCCCGGCUAGGUCCAGCAGUCCUUGAUUUUCCCAAUGCGUGUCCAAUGUAAAACUCAUGUGGUGCAAAACUUUCUUGGCAUAUGAUUUGGUGCCGAAUGAUGUCUUGAGACUGGAACUAUCAUUCUAGAUUGAAAAUUAUUAGAACUUGGAACUUGGGGAUGUUUGUUGUGAUCGUUUUAGAGAUGUGGUUAAUUCACAAUUUGUUUUUCGCUGGAUAAGAUUUGUUUGGUUAUGAUUUCUGCGACUAGAUAGACAAUAUUAGCAUUUUGGAUUAGUAACUAGAAAGACUGCCGAGUUGAAACAUUUUAGUGGCAUGCUGUGUUUCAAGUGUUUUCUGUCAUUAGAUAAAUCAAACGGUGUUCUUGGAUAGUGUAACUUAGAAUGUUCCUGGGCA